AUGAGCGGCGCGCUCGCUGCGCCGGGCGGCGCCGACGCGAACGCCCAGCUGGAUAGAUUCGAGGAAGCCCUUGACGAGAUGCAGGAAAUCGUGCGUCAAUUGACGGAGGUAUCUGCGGGAGACCUGCAACGGAAUCUCGACCCGCUCGACCGCGCUGCCGUGCACCUCGCGUCCGCGCGGACGAUCAACGUCCUUCACAUGAUGUAUCUCCGCACGGUCGGACGGAACCCCUCGGAGAACCACGCGGUGCAAGGCGACGAGCGCCGCAUCGUGCAGAAGGAGCGUGCCCUCAACAAGGCCCGCACGGCCUCCGCGCACCCAGGGGCGCCGCCCGCGAGGCUGGACGUGGCGGCCGCGAACCGCUUCGUCACGCACGCCCUCCCGGACAUCACGGCAGAGCAGCGCAGGAAGCUCAAGGAGGCGGAGCAGCGCGCGAAGAGAGAGAAGGAGCUCGCGGACAAGGGGCAGCUCGAUCCGCAGCAGGCCUACGCCGAUUGGAUGGGCGGGAACGAGGAGGGUUGGGAGUGGGUCCGGGGGGUGUUUAAGAAGACGUUCGGGCGGCUCCCGCCCGGGAUGGAGGGCGUGUCGGCGCGCGAGGCCGUGGAGCGCUUCCUGGCGCUCAACGAGGGCGUCACGCUCGAGCAGGUGGUGGCGAAGAUGCAGGCGGCGAAUGCGGGGUUCUACCGCGAGCACGAGGCGCUGUUUCGGAAGGCGUUCGACUUGCCGGAGGGGUGGGUCGAGGAGCUGGGUGGCGUGCGCGGGGGCGGGCGCGCGGAGGAAGGCGCGCAGCAGGGGGGGGUGCGGCGCAAGCGCGGGCGGGAGAAGAAGGUCGGUCAGGGGAAGGGGAAGGGGGGCGGGGGGAAGGAGCGGCGCGGGGCGGGCGUGUAG